AUGACUUCCAUAGAAGGGAGUCCAAGUAGUCUGGACAACGGCGAAUUUGCCCCUUUCCCACAGUCGCGCCGCUUUCUGCACCGUGUGCCGCGCGUAAAUGUGGUGGAGCUCAAGACGCCUGUGGCACUCGCCAAUUUUCCGAGACUCCGCCAGCGGUGCGGCGGUGUGAACGGGGCAGCGCUACCCACGAUAGAACGUGGUACGACACCAGGGGUGCCGUUUGAUCAGUGCAGCCUUUCCACAGUGGACAGUGGCAGCAGCACAUCGCACCGGCGCCGUAAAAAGUACACUACGACAACCGUCACCACAACAACCAUUACCAAGAUCAUGCUUCCGCAUAUGCGGCAGGUGGUGCUGUUCGACGAUACCAACACUACAGAUUCAAAUACGAUCCGAAGGGUAAUGGAGGGGGAGAGGAGUGAUAUCAUGCCCAACCAGAAUGGCAGCCUCAACACAGAAGCUGCUGGCACCUUAAACAAUGUCAACCAGAACUAUGCAUUCCGACCAGUGGAAGAUCAGCCACCCGACAGCGUUGGGGUGGAACCAAACGUUCCCCGCCUUCCCAUUGCUAUGGCAAAUCGCCGUCAGCCGCAUAGCUUGCCAAGCGUAAGCAACAGUACCGCCCCACAAACCCCACCGCCACCGCUGCGAAGCCCACAUGUGGAAAAGGGGGAAUUAGCGGCAUACGCGGGCGGGGCCCUGUCGCAGAUGCCGACGGGGGAUACAGGACAGCAACCGUGGGUGAUCAGUAAUAAAACUGCUAGUAUGACGUCCUCUGUGACCCACCGUCAUCCCGCCGUGAAGCCGUUUCGUGGAAACGGAAGCCAGCAGCUUUCAACUAAUCCCAGCACGACGUUGCAACCGAAUGGGAACCCACACCAAGUUGAGGAACCGUUUUUGGUGGAGCCGCAGGAGGCAGCAACACCGCCUCAUUCACGGCAUUUGCGUUUCAUGGAUACCACGCCUGGGGAGCAUAACACGGGGCUGGGGGAGCCCCUGAUGCGGCCGUGGAUCCUAAACGAGGAGAGGGAUGAGAAUGAGUGGCAUGCUGUGGGAUAA